CUGCUGCGGCUGGCGGUGUCGCUGUGCCUGGCCAUGUCCGUGAUGCUGUUCGCGGAGAAGGUGUACAUGGCCACGGUCGUCCUCGCCGCGCGCCUGCUGGGCCGCCGCCCCGAGCGCCGGUACCGGUGCGAGCCCAUCCGCGACAGUGACGACGACCUCGAGGUCGGCAGCGCGGCGUACCCCAUGGUGCUCGUGCAGAUCCCCAUGUACAACGAGCGCGAGGUGUACCAGCUGUCGAUCGGGGCGGCGUGCGGGCUGGCGUGGCCGGCGGACCGGAUCAUCGUGCAGGUGCUCGACGACUCCACCGACCCCGUCGUCAAGGCGCUGGUGCGGGCGGAGUGCGAGCGGUGGGCGAGCAAGGGCGUGGACGUGCGGUACGAGGUCCGGGACGGCGGCCGGCGCGGGUACAAGGCCGGCGCGCUCCGGGAGGGGAUGCGGCGCGCCUACGCCCGCGGCUGCGACCUGGUGGCCAUCUUCGACGCCGACUUCCAGCCGGAGCCGGACUUCCUGCGCCGCGCCGUGCCGUUCCUCCUCCACAACCCCGACCUCGCGCUCGUCCAGGCGCGGUGGAAGUUCGUGAACGCGGAUGAAUGCCUGAUGACAAGGAUGCAGGAGAUGUCCCUGGAUUACCACUUCACCGUGGAGCAGGAAGUCGGCUCCUCCACCUACGCCUUCUUCGGCUUCAAUGGAACUGCUGGUGUGUGGCGCAUAUCCGCUCUGAAUGAGGCAGGAGGUUGGAAGGACAGGACCACAGUCGAAGACAUGGACUUGGCGGUCCGAGCAAGCCUCAAAGGAUGGAAGUUUGUAUUCCUUGGCGACCUCAUGGUGAAAAAUGAGCUCCCAAGCACGCUCAAGGCAUAUCGAUAUCAACAACACAGAUGGUCAUGUGGACCAGCAAACCUGUUCAGGAAAAUGUUGAUGGAGAUUGUCAGGAACAAGAAAGUGACACUUUGGAAGAAAAUCCAUGUCAUCUACAAUUUCUUCCUUGUGCGCAAGAUCAUAGCACACAUCGUGACCUUUGUGUUUUACUGCAUUGUCAUCCCGGCCACAGUCUUAGUUCCUGAGGUUGAAAUACCAAAGUGGGGUUCUGUGUAUAUACCAACCAUCAUCACCCUUCUCAAUGCUGUAGGCACUCCAAGGUCGGUUCACUUAAUUGUCUUCUGGGUACUCUUUGAGAAUGUAAUGUCCUUGCAUAGAACGAAGGCCACUUUCAUUGGCCUAUUGGAGGCAGGCAGGGUAAAUGAAUGGGUGGUGACAGAAAAGCUUGGUGAUGCUUUGAGGAUGAAAAUGCCAGGCAAGGGAUCCAACAAACCCUGCAUGAGGAUAGGAGAUAGGUAUUGUGGAAUCAGGUUGCAUAUUCUGGAGCUUGGUGUCGCAGCAUACCUCUUCUUCUGUGGAUGCUAUGACGUCACAUUUGGGAAUAACCACUACUACAUAUUCCUCUUUCUCCAAUCUAUUGCUUUCUUCGUCGUUGGUGUGGGCUAUGUCGGGACAUUUGUCCCGUAUUCAUAGCAGAAAUGCUAUGACACCAUCUUUAUGGAUUCAUGAUUGUGUUAAACUGACAGCUUUAUGGUACAUCACCAGAUGAAAGAUAAGAUUAAGCAGCCUUAUCUUGUGUGUACCUGCUGUCAGGAAGAGGAGCAGUGCAAGAGCACUGCAAGACAAGCAAUAGAAAUGUAUAGGUAUGUUUUAGCUGCUAGGAAUGUGCUGUGAAGCGCAUGAGGUUGGUGAUGACAAGCAGGCUGUUUUGAGUCUCAACGUCACCGUAGCAGCAUCAGCAGUAGAAAAAGAUAGCAAAUCAUGAAAGUUUCAUCGUUUGUUGUGCAAACAGAAAAACAGAAACCAUUUGCUCAUUCAUUGUUCGC